GAUGCUCCCAUAUGGGAUGGGGCAUCGCAUGCAAUAGUUUAACCCAGGAGCCACAACAUCAACCCUGCAAAUUCUUUUUAGAAUCCUUGUAGUUGUUUAAAUAAUGAAUCAUUAACCCAGUGAGCACAAGUGAUCAGGAUGGGUAGGAAAGGGAAACUCCAGUGCGGGGGGUGGAUGGACCUCCGGAUGCUAAAUAAAUUCGAGCAAUGUUGACCAUAUUCUUCAAAAAUAUAAGCAGCCUAACAAAGAGGCUUGUGCAGAGUUUUGAUAACAUUCCUGGAGAAGGAUAGCUGUUCCCACUCCAAUCAAGUCUGUCCGUGGUCUUCAUGAGUAGAAUCACAAAGUUUGCCAAAGAGUACUGAUCUCUAUGCCAGAUGAGAUUAAAGGAUGGUUCAGUCUGUUAGAAUUCUGUUUGGUGAUCAGACCACUUCAAAACUGGUUUUCUACCACACCAGUCGUGAGGCUGCUGGCACUUGGGGUCAUCAGGCCUUGGAACAAUAGUGUCCCUUUUACUUUGAGACAAGUUUGGUGGAAAUGUAGAAUUUAGUGAGUGUAGAGAAGAGAUAGAGAUAAAGAGCCACUACUCAAACACAUAAGUGUAAAAUAUGUGAGAUGGGCUUCGGAUAUCUGAAACACAGAAUGUGGUCUUAAAAACUUGUUAAUUAAAGGAGUGAAGUUUGCCAGAUAUACAACAUCUUUCUACCCAUGUCAUUCAAAUUAGCAUUGAAGAUGAUCUUCUGACUUGAAAAACUACGAAUGAGCCACGCACAAAUGGUCAUUUUCAACUGGAAGAAAUGCCAUGCCCCUAUAAUGGACACAAUUAGAUGCUCAAUUAAUUUCUGUCUACCAAAGAAAGGAGGCUCACAAGUGAACAUCUAACUGAGGGGUCUCAUUUGCCUGUUUCAAUAGUCGGGCUGUUUUCUUCUUCCUUCAUUUCCUUGGUGGGCUAUUGUGUCACAAGAAUGCCUGCAUUAUCAGAUUCAAAAUUGAAUCCUAUGAUACUAUAGCCUGAGGAAAAGGAAGCAUUGAAUAUCAUUCCCAGUUUUAGGCCCAGAAGAUGCUUAGGAAAUGUCACUUUAUAUACACCACAUGCAACAUUAGUGCUUUUAAUUUCCUUUUUACGGGUGCAAUGGAGAUUAAUUUGCAUGCACUCAUUUCAAUUUCUGUAAUAAGAUCUGAAUUUUGCAUUAAGCUUUCCAACUCAAAAACAAACAGUUAAAAAGGACACAUCUCUUCUUUCAAAAGUUUUUAUUAUAGUUCUAUUUUGCAGUCCCUGCAUCUAAUAUUCAGUUAAAACCUUGAAAAUAUACAUGUAUACCCAUAGGUUCUAAUUUUUUAAUUUGUUAUUUUGUUUGUUAGCUGAUUCUCUAUGGAUUCUACCACGAAAUUCUUCAAUUUCAAAUGCUGCACAACCUGAAAAAACACUAGAACUAUCAAAAACAAUAACUACAUAUCCAGGAAGAAUAUUUAUCAUAUAAAAAAGGGGUCAAAAUGUGUCAACCAUGCUCAGGAACAUAAAACAAGUACUAGAUGCAAAGGGGCGUUUGUUUUAAAUAAGAAAUAGAAUUAGCUAGAUAUAUUUCGAAUUUCAGAGCAGCCUGUACAGCCCAAUAAACACAACACACUUACAGGACCUGUUAUUAAAACACUGAAAAAGCAUAAGGAAUUGUAAUCUCUGUGUUACCAAAGCUCAUGCUUAACACUAUGAACCAGUUGCAAAAUAACUCCACAUUGAGGGGUGCUAGAGGAGCCGAUAUGGUGCCCAUGGCAUCCUCCUAGUUGAAAGCAGAGGGCUAAACCCCCUUUCAAACAGGAGCGGGAGAAUGAUGGGGUCUGGCUCAGGCUUUAGGGCUAACGUUCAGGUCAUCUGAGAGAAGAGAAGGGCCAUCCCAUUCCUCAAGAAGAAUGGAUCCGUGGCCCGCUGUCUCCCACGAUGGGGCGGGGUGGCGGACACCCGGACGCCCGGCCACGGGGCCGACUUCUGCCCUCAGGCGCUGAUCCGGUGCACGGCACACACACCCCUCCACAGAGGCCCCAAUUCCUUGGCUUCUAUCCAAGGGUGCGACUCCAUGGGGGCCUGGGCUGCUGAGUUUCGGGGCGGGUUCCUGUCACUGAGCCUCUCACUCGGAGGGGAGGGGACUUGGCGCGCGUUUCCCCGACCACCUAGAGUCCCCGUUGCCCAUCUCCAAGGGGGCAUCACAGAACUGGUGGAGCAGGACCCUGGGCAGGCUCGGCCUUAACAGUGGUCCGGACUGCGAAACCAGUCGAUCAAUCAAUCAGGAGCGGUGAGGGCCUCGGGCAGUGGGCGGGGCAGUGCAGGGACAGAUGCUUGCCCGCGGCGUCAAUCAGGGCGUGACCCACUGGCGCCGGCAGGGGGUGGAGCCUAAGGCUAUUCAGGGUCAGGGUCUGCAGCCAGAGCGCUUGAGCCGCCAGGCACAGCACACCACCUGCACCCGCGGCCCUGCCACCCGAGGGCCCAGGAGCAGGCCAGCCCAGCGGCGCUCAGCAAGACCCCGGCGCCCCGCAUCCAGCCAGCCGCUGCCCCGAGCCAGUCCCCACAGCCAUGGAGGCAGAAUGGCCGCUGCAAGAGGUCAGGCGGCUGCACGCACGCCUGGCCGCCAGCACCAAGCCCCGGAAACUCCGCAAGUAUCUGAGAAGACUCUCGGCCCUGCCCAUGACCGCCGACCUUCUGGCACAGACCCGCGUGCGGAAGACCGUGAAGGGCUUGCGAAGACACGAGAUCGUGGGCAGCGUGGCCAGGGACCUGGCGGCCCGGUGGAAGAAGCUGACUCGCGUGCAGCCAAGCCCUGGGCGGGCCCAGCAAGGCUCGCCACCCAGCCACUCGCGAAAGCGGCCGUGGGCUGCUCUUGACGACGACGACGACAACGACGACGACGACGAGGAGCAAGCAGACAGAGGCACACCAGAAUCCGGGGCGGCCGUCGGCAGCCAGCCCGCCAAGCCUGCCCACGGACACAAAAGGCCCAGGAGGUUCUCCGAGCUCCAGCCGCGGACACUCGAGUCUCCUUCGCGCCCGCGCCCAGCCUUGCCGCGCUCUGCCCGCCCAGCCCAGGAGUCCCAGGAGUCCCAGGAGUCGGCGAACGCCUCCACUUGGCAGGAGGAGGACCCUGCACCUGCCGCGGGCCUCCGCCAGCUUGCAGAGAGGCCCGCGAGGGCCCAGCACCACGGCGCCGGCCCCCUGCCGGAAGAACACCGGGAAGAAGCCCAGGGCAAAGCGGCGCUGAGCCAAGGCCAGACCCUCAAGUCGACCCCCAGGGAGAACGGCCCGCUGAGGGCCAAGGCAGGGGAGGCGCCCCCCGCCUCCCUCAGCCAGCUCUCAUCCAGGGGCGUGUCCCGGGAGGAAAACUCCAGAGGCGGAGCCAAGGGGAACCCCCCAGCCUCGGGGGUCCCGGCGGAGCAGGCCUCAGGGCGCCCCCGCACUCAACUUUGGUCCCUCCCGCAGCUGGCUGCAGAUGAGCCCGGCAAGGCCAAGCGCAAAGACUCGCGGGCAAGCCGGGCAGAAAAGACCCGGCAACACCCCCAGAGCUUCCAGCUCGGAACCGGGCCAGAAGACCCGCGGCCCGGGCUGCAAGACAUCUCCACCCACGUCGAGGCCGCACACGGCCAACUGGCAGCUCCUACUUUGGCGAGCGCGUCAGGAGGCCUCCUCCCGCAGGCUGAGGAGCAACCCAGCGGCGGCGGGGAGGAGCUACCGCACCAGCCCAGUGUGUCCUUUGAAGCGUACCUGACCUACGACCAGCUGGAGAAGAAAAAGAGAAAGGCGGGGAGACCUUGGCCAGCAGAGCCCACAAGCCACGGUCCAGGAGUGGACUGGGUUCAGAAAGGCCCCGAGGUGACCCACAGCCAGCAAGGGAAGCUGCAGCCGGCUGGGGCCCAUGCGGCCAAGCUGGAAGACUCGGCCCCUGCCGCCGCGCCCAGCACCCAGGCCAGGGACGGUCCCUCUCACCGGAUGGCUUUCUGCCCACCCAGGAGAAAAGCGCCCUCUGCAGCCCAGCAGGAGGAAGACGCUGGAUGUGCGGGUCGCAGAGUCCAUCCGAAGACGCAAGUCUAUGCCGGUGCCAGGCACUCAACCCGAGGGAUGACGGAGAGCCAAAUGCGCAUCCCGGAACUGGAACCCAUCGCGUCCCCCUCUGCUGGGAGAGGAGUCCCUCACAGCCACCUGGGACCUCUGUUGGAGCAGCACAUGCCUGAAGAGCUACAGCGUGCAGAGAGAGACAACCCCGAACUCCCUGAAGAAACAGAUCCCUUAUGGAAAAGGCACUGUCACCGAGACUUUAAGGGUGAGAAACCGGCAGAGCAGGAGUCGUGGCGGCAGAUGUACCUGCGCCUUCAGAGCGCCCGAGAGCGGCACCUGCAAGAGCUCACGGCCGUCAUCCGAGCUACACACGCCAGCAAGCCCAAAGGCAGGCAGACCAAGAUGAUCCGUUUCCACGGGAUGCCCGGGCCUGCUGGGGAUGAUCCCGGGAGGCAGGACGCGCUGCCAACAGGAGGAGCGAGUGCCCCGCGUGCCCCGGGCCCCGCAGGAAGCGACCGGGCUCCCCGCAGCACCCAGCACAGCGACAGCAGCCUCUCUCCCCCUCCAGCGGACAGGCCAGCCCAGCUGGGCCCAAGCACAAGACUUGCUACCUGGGCGCCUGGGGGCAGCACCAGAAAGCAGGCGCCCAAGAAAAUUGCCCCUCUCAUGGCUAAAGCAAUGCGAGACUACAAGAAGACACUCUCCCGCAGGUGAACCCAGGACUCGCCGCGGACACAGAGGGGCGGCGAGUGGGGGAAGUCAAGGCAGUGUGCGUGGGGCCAGAGAACUCCAAAGAGAAACCACCGUCAGUCAGUCAGUCGCUCUGGGGGAACGGUGGGUGGGCUCUGAAUCCUGCCAGUUCAAAGCCUCUCCUGGGAUCCUGCCUGGGGGACACUCGGAUUCACAGGGUGGCAUGCCUUAGAUUCCACGAGGUGAUUAGGAUCAACUGUCCUCGAGUUAGUAACUGGUUCCUUUGUACAGUAUGAAAUGGUUGGAGUGAAUGUGUAUUCCUGGAUUGUGUAUUCAUGGACUAAUAAAGACAUAAAGCACUCAACCUGGACCUCUGUGUGUGUUUCUCUGUGUGUGUUUCUGUGUGUCUCACUGUCUGUGUGUGUGUGAUUUCUCCUGAGAGUAGAUUUGUCCUUCUCCUUCUUGGAAACAAUGCUGCUCUUUCGAGUCCUGGCUGCUCCACUUUCAAUGUGGAUCCCUGCUAAUGACCUGGAAAAAGCUGCAGAGGAUGGCCCAAGUGUUUGGGUCCCUGCAGCCACAUGGCACAUCUGGAGGAAGUGCCCAGCUCCAGGCUUCAGCCUGCUCCAGUGCUAGCCACUGCAGCCAACGGGGGAGUGACCGAGCAGAAGGAAGACUGCUGGGUCUCCGCCUACCUCAACUCGGACUUCCAGACAAAUAAGUAACAAUCUGAAAAAAGGAAGGAAGGAAGGACGGAAGGAAGGAAGGAAGGAAGGAAGGAAGGAAGGAAGAGAGAGAAAGAAAAGAAUGAAGAAAGGGAGGAGGAAAGGAGGAGGUAGGGAGGAGGAAGGCAGAAGGCACGAAGGCAGGAAGAAAAGAAAAAGUAUACUGUAUCUCUCUACAGUCCAAGUUCCAUUUUUCUGGUUCUAUCUUAUGAUGACCCCUUCUGUUUCUCUUCUCUUUGUGCAUCUGUUCUCCUGGAACUCCUGAAGCAUGUUUAGGCUUACCUCUUUUCAAGGUCUUGUCUCCUAAUCUCAUCUUCUUGGUCAUUUCUGGAAUGAUGGAUUUCUGCUGUCCCAGAGUGGUUGGUCACCUGCUCCUGUUUCUUAGCACUUUCUCAUCAGAUGCCAAGCUUGACAAGACCUGGAUUAGACUGUUUUCUGGAAAAGGUGCUGUGUAACGUUUGGGUUAUCAGAGAGAAGAGAAGGGCCAUCCCUUCCCUCAAGAAUGCAUCCGUGGCCUACUGUCUCCCACGAUAGGUCGGGGCAGAGGACACAUGGCAUGGGGCUGACUUCUGGCCUCAGGUGCUGAUCCUGGGGAUGGCACACAUGCCUUUCCACAGAGGCCCCAAUUCCUUGGCUUCUAUCUAAGGGUGUCAUUCCAUGGGGGCCUGGGUUGUUCAGUUUCAGGGUGGGUUCCCAUCACCUCAAACUCUUAGGGGAGUUGGCAGUCUUUUCUUUGUAUUUCAAGCUAGAUAGUGUCUGGGGGAUUUCUUCUAUUCAUUCAUGUCAUCAUAUGCAAUGACUUAUGCACUUUUUAUAUUUAUCCACUGAAAUUUUCAAGUAAGAGACUGCAUCUGGGGCCAGCCUUUGGUACCUUGUGUAAAGCUGCUACCUUAUUUUCUGGCAUUCCAAAUAUGCACCAGUUCAAACCUAAACCACCCUGAAAAAGGAUGGUUACAAAUGUAUCAGGGUGAUAAGAUAUACAAUUUUGCUAUUUAAAUGAAGAACUAACAAAAUUUAUUUUUUAGAAAAGAAAUGCAGUAAGGAUAUUGUAAUAAAUCCCAGUUACUGGCAUGGAUUGAGGCGUGGGAGGUGGGGAAUAGAAUGGCUGAGUAAGGAUGGGGAGUGGAGCAGUAUGAGGAGGGGUCUCUAUGAGUACCAAUGUGGCAUUAGCAUAGUGUUCCAGUUUACUAAUCAAUCUCUCUCUCUUCCCUGUCU